AUGGCUUCUAAUUUCUGUGGAUCACUUACACAAGACUCUGAUGAAAUUAAAGAAAUGUAUUGUGAGGAAUGUGACAGACAUGGUGAUGGUUAUGCUACAGCUGUAGCUUUCUGUGUUGAUUGUGUGGAUUAUAUAUGUGUGACCUGUCAAAGAUAUCAUAAGAGACAAUUUAAAACUCACAAAAUCCAAGAGAGUAAAAGUAUGCCUCAGGAUUUUUAUUUUGAGAAAUGUUCAACUCAUCCUGGACAGCUGAUUAAGUUUUACUGCCUUCAGUGUAACAAAGAAGCCUGCCAGGAAUGCAAGGAUAAUGACCAUAAAAACUGCAGUGAUAUUAACCAUUUACCAACCCUUGCCUCAGACAUACAAAACAGUGUUGAACUAACAGACUUUGGCAAAAAUAUGGAUCAAUUGUCCAAGGAUAUAAAAGAUACAGAAAAGUUGUUAGAUGCCAAAAGUGAAGUGAUUAAGAAACAAGAGGAAAAUGCAACUUUUGCAUGUAAAGAGCAAAGCAACAAGCUGAUAGCAACUUACAAGCAACAUUAUCAAGAUCUAGUUGAUGAUUUUGAUAAUAAAAUGGAAGAUACCAUCGCUAAGUUGAAGAAUGAAAGGUCAAAACUAAUUCAAAUGUCUUCUGAAAAGGGAAGAGAGUUUGAAGAGAAAGUAGGAAAAGCUGAAUCAAAUAUAAAAGAAGGGGUUGUUAAGACAAACACUGAUUUUAAAAAUCUAAAGUCUGAACAUUUGAAUUUGGUUGGAAAUUUGAAGGCUCUCACUGUUGAUUUAGAGCAGACUCGGAAAUUAGGUAAAAACUGUGAACUAUUUAAAACACUGAAAUUAGUGAAACAAAUGUGUAAACACAUUCAAGUCACCACUGACCAAAUUCAACAUUCUUACAUACAGCGAUACAAACUCAACAUAUUUGACAUUCCACCAAAAGUAAAAUCUUUAGAGAAUCAAACAAGGUUUUUCUCAUUAGAUGAAGUACAUGCAUCAGCUGAAGAGAGAAAAAUUGCCUUUAAUUUUGAUAUCAAUCAUGAGUUUGACAGUAUUAUUUCUUUACUUGUGCUAUCUGAACAUACACUCCUUGCAUUAGAUUAUAAUAGGUGUAGUCUUGUCAUAUUUACACUUGAAAAGUCAAAUGAAGAAUAUAUCAAAGAAAGAAAAUUCAACAGCAAACCAUGGGGAAUAACAAAAGUUUCAGAUCAUAAAGUUGCUGUCACAUUUACAGAUGAAAAAAUGAUCAGACUGAUUACAUUCGCUCAGGAUAUGGAAGUUUUAGAUAUCACUGAGAUACCAGGAAAUGGUUGUUGUAGUGGUAUUGCUUACAGUAAUAACCAUUUUGUGGUUUCAUAUUGGUUGACAGGUAGUAUUAAGAUUUAUAGUAUAUCAGGUAAAAUAGUGAAAUCAUUUGAUAAAGAUGACAAUGGUCAGAAUCGGUAUACCUAUCCUGCUUAUUUGACUAUUAGUCCUGACAAUUCUAUGAUUUAUGUCUCUGACUGGAGCAGAAACACUGUGACCUGUUUGACUUAUGCUGGUGAGGUGAAGGCAAUCUACAAAGAUGAUCAACUGAAAAAUCCUCAACAACUUGCUGUUGAUGAAUAUGGAUCAGUUUAUGUGUGUGGUCGUGAAUCAAAUAAUAUCCAUCAAUUAUCACAUGAUCUCACCAAAGUAAAGAUAUUGAUAGAUAAAAACCAUGGCAUAAUAAGACCAACAAGUAUUGCUUAUUGCCAGAAUACCAAGAGAUUAUUUGUUGGAAUGAAUCAAAGUAGUAAAAUAAAGGUUUUUAAUGUGACACUUGACUAA